AUGAAUGAACUGAUGAAAAUAAUCGAACUCACUACACAAGCGCCCAAGAACCUCACGGAAUCCAAUGGAACUCCGCCCUUGGAUCACAUCUCUAACAGCUCAAUCCAUGCAAGAUAUUCCGAACAUACAUGGCACCUCGACUCGUGGAUUCUGUGUUUCAUGGUAGCCUUGAAGAUAAUCACGAUGCUCAUGAUCAUCAUUGCAGCCCUGUUUGGGAACCUGUUGGUUAUAGUGUCAGUGAUGAGACACAGGAAGCUACGCGUGAUAACAAACUAUUUUGUGGUUAGUUUGGCUCUAGCUGACAUGUUGGUGGCCAUUUGGGCCAUGUGCUUCAAUUUUAGUGUGGAAGUUACGGGAGGGCAGUGGAUCUUCGGGUACUUCAUGUGUGACGUUUGGAACUCGCUGGAUGUCUACUUUUCAACCGCCUCAAUAUUGCAUUUGUGCUGCAUAAGUGUUGAUAGAUAUUACGCAAUCGUCCAACCACUCGACUACCCUCUGAUAAUGACAAACGUCCGUCUAGUCUUCAUGUUAGCUCUGGUUUGGUGCAGUCCAGCCCUACUUUCAUUCUUGCCCAUAUUCAUGGAGUGGUACACGACCACAGAACACUUAGAGUUUCGCCGGAAUAAUCCAGACAUUUGUUCGUUCUCAGUGAACCGAACAUACUCUGUGAUUUCGUCCAGUGUGAGUUUUUGGGUGCCAGGCAUGGUUAUGAUUUUUAUGUACUAUAGGAUAUACGUGGAGGCUGACAGACAAGAAAGGAUGUUGUAUAGGUGA